GCAAUCACUUCUCGUCCUAUCAGCCCCUGGAUAUAAAGCAAGCAACAGUGUGCAACUGCUUGACUCUCCUUUUGCAAUCGGUCCCAAGAUGAAGGCAACUGUGGGUCUUCUCUCUCUGGUGUUUUUUGUGCUCGCCAGCACCCAGGACCCGCAGGAGCCCUGGUGUAACUGCGCCGCCUUCGUGUCCUACGAGCAUUCGGAGAUCAAGGUGUACCAGGGGCCUUUGAUUAAUCUCAGCCACUGUGACUACACGGAGAGGUGCAAGGAGCUGUGCGUCGCGGAGCUUCGUAAUCUAACCAACAGCGGUGACCUGUUCUUCGAGGUGAACGGCCAAACGGUUGGUCAACAUAUCUGCACUAAUCUGGUUGAUAUUGGCUUUGUAGCUAUGCAGAACAAAUACGUAUACGGAUACUUCGAGGUGUGUGGUGGUGCCUGGCAAUACGCUGACGUGAUGACUCAGCAGAAACUUUGCUGUAGUAUGGGCCAGCACAAACACUGUACUGACUAAAAAAAAUACAUAUAUCCUAUUAAUAAUAAAUAUAAGAAAUGAGUCGAUUGUAAUACAAAACUUGGAUAUGAAUUGGUCGUAUGACUGUAAUGAUAAUAUGUCCGUAUCACUUGUAACAGUAAUGUCUAUGAUUUUACAAUACGUUCCCUUCAAUGGGGUGAUUAGACUACAGGAACUGCAUGUUUCACGCUAAUGGUGGCUGCAAUGGAAUCAUGGGUAAAUGCACUCGUAGAUAAUAAUUCCUAUAAUAUGUGAAUCAUUAGUCUUUUUGCAAGUUUUGUAUCUGCAGUCACUAUUAUAAGUUAUCAUUUUUUUAUAGAUCAAGUAUAUGAAUAAACUAUACUAUGU